CUUAUUUUUCGUAGACCUCCCUCUGAUCCCAAUUUUGAAUUCCUACUUCGUGCUCUGAUUUUAUCCUUCUUUUUCUUCUUCUCGUCGUUUUUCAACGCUCAUUGUUUAUUCUCUACACUCGGUUGAAUUUUAAUGGGUUAUUGUUAGGGUUGCUUUGUCCUCCAAAUUCAUCUGGGCAGGUAAAAUCCUCUUAUGAAUUCGGAUUGAUUCUUUUUCGUUAAUGUUCUUAUCGGUGAAAUGAUUGAUUUUGGUUCGUGGAUUUCAUGAGGAGGAACAGAGAUGGCCUAUAAGGUGGAUCACGAGUAUGACUAUCUGUUUAAAAUUGUGUUAAUCGGAGAUUCUGGUGUUGGGAAAUCAAAUAUACUCUCUAGGUUCACCCGAAAUGAAUUCUGCUUGGAAUCUAAAUCCACCAUUGGUGUUGAAUUUGCCACCAGAACUCUUCAGGUAGAGGGGAAGACAGUGAAAGCGCAGAUUUGGGACACAGCAGGGCAGGAAAGAUACAGAGCUAUCACCAGUGCCUAUUACAGAGGAGCAGUUGGGGCACUUUUGGUGUACGACAUCACCAAGCGACAAACCUACGAAAACGUGCACAGAUGGCUUCGUGAGUUAAGGGAUCAUGCCGAUUCCAACAUUGUCAUCAUGUUGGCCGGUAAUAAGGCUGACCUCAACUACCUCAGGGCAGUUCCAGAGCAAGAUGCAAGGCUAUUGGCUGAGAAAGAAGGGCUGUCAUUCCUUGAGACAUCGGCAUUAGAAGCAGUUAAUGUGGAGAAAGCAUUUCAGACAAUUUUGUUAGACAUUUAUCAGAUUAUCAGCCGGAAAGCUCUGGCUGCACAAGAGGCAACUGCCAAUUUCCCUGGUCAAGGCACCACCAUUAAGGUCGGAGAGUAUUCCGGUAAUGUGAACAGGAAACCCUGUUGUUCUAACUGAGGUUUUUUUCAUUUUUGAGGAUUGUUAAUCACCUCUGUGCAGUACAUUUGAUAUUCCUUUUUUGUGUAUAGAGAACCCUCACCUUUAAGAAACUCUUCAAAAUCUAUCUGCUUUUACCAUUCCAGUUCUUCUCAAAAAGUAUCAAUCCGGUCUCAUCUGAUUAAAUUGUGUUACAGAAAGUGUGACACUAACAAAUAAUUUUG